CUUCACACAAAGAGAAGAAGAAGAAGAAGGCAGAGCAUCCGGCCUCUACUGCGCCUUCACGUGUGAACACAGGUCCUGUCUCCACCAAUAAAGAAGCAGCAUUGUGCAGAAGUCUCAGGCUCCAUGGAGAUGUGGCUGAGUGGGGAGAUGACCGAACCGUGGAAAAUGUCCAGAUGACACAGUCUGAUGAUGCUGACGUAGCAGGAAGAAAGGCUAAUUGACCUCACAACAACACAUCCCUCCUCCUGUUGUUGCCCACCUGUCACUGGCUCAGCCAUGUUGCUGAGGAGGAAGCUGUGCCUGGCUGUGGUGAUCGCUGCCAUCGUCUUCCUCAUGUUCGCCAGUCAACGCAUCCAGCGGAGACAUGUCCUGCCUCUGUCACUUUCCCCGCCCACCAGCGAGGAGACAGUGGUUGAACUCACGCCACCUCCUGCUGACCUGACCCGUGACCUCCCCAAGGCACCUACUCCCUCCAACAUCACCCAGACCAAAGAGGAGCCUGUAGACAAGUCACAGAAGAGACGGAGGUCCUGUGGUUGUUCCGAGUCCUGCAUCUCCGACCUCGGGAAUUCGGGCUGGUUCAGCUCGCACUAUGACCCAAAACAACAGCCAGUCCUUCAAAACACCAACAACAACCUUGACCCUGAUGCGCUAAAAUGGUGGCUGGGCCUUCAGCACUCCAGUAACGACCAAACUUUACAGAAAGUGAUGUCAGACAUGUUCAAGGUAAUUUCUCCCCCUCCUGUAAACUUUAAGCCCCACCCUUCACGUUGCCGUAGUUGUGCAGUGGUCGGCAAUUCAGGCAACUUGCGGCAGUCUGGAUACGGUAAACGGAUCGACUCCCACAACUCUGUCAUCCGAAUGAACAAGGCUGUGACUCGAGGAUUUGAGACAGAUGUCGGUAAUCGAACGACGCAUCACUUCCUGUACCCAGAGAGCGCGGUGGAUGUCGCACGAGGAGUCAGCCUCGUCCUGCUGCCGUUCAAACUGAGAGAUCUCGAGUGGCUGACCAGUGCGCUGUCCACUGGCGAAAUCAAAAUGACUUACAUGCGGGUUAAGGACAGAGUGGAGGCCGACAAAGACAAGGUUCUGGUCGUGAACCCGGUGUUCUUUAAAUAUGUGUAUGAUCGUUGGACGGAGCAUCAUGGUCGCUACCCAUCCACGGGAAUGCUGGCCAUUAUCUUUGCUCUACACACCUGUGAUCAGGUGUCAGUGUUUGGUUAUGGUGCCGACAAGCUCGGGAACUGGCAUCACUACUGGGAAGAGAAUCGCUACGCUGGAGCCUUCAGGAAGACUGGCGUCCACAACGCCGACUUUGAGACGGAGGUCAUUCACCGGCUUGCCAGUGAAGGCAAGAUCAUUCUGCACCAGUGACACAACAACUCACCUGCUGUUCUACAGACUGGCCUACAAACCUACCUGAUGACAGACUCGCAGACCGACACACAAAUGUGCUUACUGACCCACGGACAGACUGACAGACCUCUAUACAAAAGUUCAGACCUGCUGACUCGUUUACUUAAUUGCUGACUGUGGACAUGCUGCCUGACUGACCUAAUGACUGACCUUGAAACAAACCUACAGGCAGACAAAUCAGCCUGCUUAAACUUCAUUUCCACCAAGUGGUACGGUGCAUUUCAGCAUUAAAUUCAAGAAAGAAGAAACACAGACAGCCUUGAAUCCUCUCUCUGUCAGUUUUGUGUUUUUCCUAGUCCAUUUCCCGUUGUCUUGUGAAAAUGAUGGACUGCGGUGUGUCUUGCUCCAACUUUUAGGUGCUGGACCAUUGUAUUUGUUUCCCCAACAGAAGGGUGGUAUUAUUUUGGUCACCUUCACAAGUUUUGGCAAUAGAAAAGCUGAUCAUAACAUACUUGACUGAACCCAACUGCACUGCUUGAUGGAAAGGUGGCUUUUUGAGACCUACCAUCUCUCGCUGACUGAAUUACAAACCUGCUUAAUGACCUUUU